GCCCCGCUCGGCGCCGGCUGAUGAGGCGAGCAGUGCGCCGGGGUCGGCUGCCGGAACAGCCUCGUGCCUUGCUGUGGGGCUACGGGGCUGUGAGGCAACAGGGCUGUGAGCUCCGGGCAUGUUGGUGCCGUGGGUGCGGCGGGUGGCUGCCCGCCGCCUGGCCGGGCAUCUCCCCGGCCGGGGCUACAGCCGCGGGGCGGGCGGGAAGGGCCUCGUUCUGGGAGCCUACUCGAGUGAGCAGGAUGGAGGUGCUGCCCAGCUCACUAGUGCAGGAGAUGCUUUCGAUAGGCUUGUGUCGGGAAAGCUGAGAGAACUUCUGUCUGUUUGUGGGCCACCUUUGAAGAAAGGCAAAACGUACCUGUUCCAUGGUUUGCAUCAGGACUUUCCAAGUGUGGCUGUAGUUGGCUUGGGUAAGAAGAAUGCUGGAAUAAAUAACCAAGAAAACUGGAAUGAAGACAAAGAAAAUAUUCGUGCAGCUGUUGCAGUUGGUUGUAGACAGAUCCAAGAUCUGGAAAUCCCCUGUGUUGAAGUGGACCCUUGCGGAGAUGCUCAAGCGGCCGCAGAAGGUGCUGUCCUUGGAUUGCAUGAAUACAACGAGCUGAAGCAAAAAAAGAAAACUGCAGUUACUCCUCAGCUUCAUGGAAGUGCUGGAAGUGAAGCCUGGCAGAAGGGUGUUAUCUACGCUGAGGGUCAGAACCUUGCUCGGUACCUGAUGGAGGCUCCAGCUAAUUAUGUAACUCCAAUCAAAUUUGCUGAAUAUAUUGAACAGAAGCUCAGAAGUUUCAGCAGCAACGUGAAGGUCCAUAUAAGGCCAGAGUCUUGGAUAGCAACACAACAGAUGGGAGCGUUCCUGAGUGUAGCUAAGGGUUCAGAUGAACCUCCCAUCUUUCUGGAGAUUCACUAUUUAGGUGGUGCUAAUGCAAAUGACUCUCCUUUGGUAUUUGUAGGAAAAGGAGUUACAUUUGACAGUGGUGGCAUCUCACUGAAGCCAUCAUCGGGAAUGGAUGCGAUGAGAGCAGAUAUGGGAGGGGCAGCAACUGUCUGUUCGGCCAUUGUGACUGCAGCAGCGUUAAAUCUACCUCUUAACAUAAUUGGUUUGGCACCCCUAUGUGAAAAUAUGCCCAGUGGUAAGGCAAACAAGCCUGGGGACGUAGUUAGAGCCAAGAAUGGAAAAACAAUACAGGUUGACAACACAGAUGCAGAAGGAAGGCUGCUAUUAGCUGAUGCUCUCUGUUAUGCCCACAAUUUUAAUGCCAGGGCUAUUGUGAAUGCUGCAACACUGACAGGUGCCAUGGACGUUGCGUUGGGGUCUGCUGCGACUGGAGUGUUCACAAAUUCAUCUUGGCUUUGGAAUCACCUUUAUGAGGCCAGCAUUUUGACAGGAGACCGAGUAUGGAGAAUGCCUCUUUUUGAACAUUACACCAAACAAGUAACGGACUGUCCUCUCGCAGACCUGAGUAACAUUGGAAAGUACAGCAGAGCUGGGGGAGCGUGCACAGCUGCUGCCUUCCUGAAAGAAUUUGUGACUGUCUCUCACUGGGCUCAUUUGGAUAUAGCUGGUGUGAUGUCGAAUAAAGACGAGGUGCCCUAUCUUCGAAAAGGCAUGGCAGGACGGCCUACACGAACAUUAGUAGAGUUUGCUGCUCGAUUAGGUCAAGACAGUCACAAUACCAAAUAAAUGCUUAUUCUAAAAUCAUCCAUUCUGCCUUAAGAAAAAAAAAGUAAAGUGUUAAUAACGGAGUGGCGCAAACAUAUUUUCACUACGACGAUGACCUACACUUACAUUUUGUAAAUCAUUACUGGGUAAGAACAUCUCAAAUUUGAGAUUUGUCUCCCUAUGAUAUGCAGUUUAAAAUAAAAAGAUGCUGUUUGAACUGUUUGAGGUAUUGAAUAGCAAAAUGUGAUCAUGGAAAAUACCUGAGCUCCUAUUUUAUAUGUAAAGUGAACAUAAUCAUUGUAAUCAAUAAAUCUCCGAUUUGUGUCGGUA